AUGCUGAAAUUUAAAAUUUUAUUACUGUUAUGUCCCAUAGCUGUCACUUCGACAGCUAAUGCUGACGAUCCACCAUUCACCCAUAAAGUUAAGUUCGAAAUUCAACAAAAUGAUGAAUACUUAGGAAAAUUGUCUCUUGGCCUUUUUGGAUCCGUGGUUCCCAAAACAGUCAAAAACUUCUAUGAUCUAUGUGAAACCAAAUAUACGAACACAACUUUCCAUCGCGUUAUUGAUGGCUUUAUGAUACAGGGAGGUGACUUUGAAAAUCAUGAUGGUACGGGAGGAUACUCUAUAUAUGGGAAGGUGCAAGGUUCCCUCCCUGACGAAAAUUUCAAAUUAAAGCAUGACAGGAUAGGAAGGCUUUCAAUGGCAAAUUCAGGACCUAACACUGCAGGAUCACAAUUCUUUAUCACUUCGGCUCCAGCUGAAUUCUUGGAUGGUAAACAUGUGGUAUUUGGUCAACUUACAGAGGGCUUUGAAACUCUGAGGGCUAUACAAAAAGUUGCAAAAGAUACCACAGAUCGACCAUUGACCAAUGUCACGAUAUUGAGUAUCAAAAGGGAAAUGAUUGAUGAUCUGAGGGACGACAACAUGGAGACCGCCGAACGUCAAAAUUUGACGCCCACCGAAGGACUGGGCGGAAAAGAAGUGUCACAAGCUUUCAAUCCAGCGGCUGAAGAAAGCCGAGAAAGCUCCACGUCACAGAGUUCCGAAGACAGUCUCUUUGAGCCUCACUUCUCCAAAGAGGUCACAAUUGGCCCUUCCAUGACCAUGUCAACCGAAACAUUAUCAAUAAGCCCUACUAGUGACCGUCAGGGGCCAGAUGAAAUACAGUAUCCUGGAGGUCUGGAGCACAGUCCUAGCGUGCACAUGGUGCUAUUACCAUUUUUCCUUUUCUUUAUUCUACUGGCCACUAUGUUCUUCAAAUAUCGAAACAAGGUUUUGUUCGCUAUUAAGGGUCCAAGAUAUAGAAGGUUAUGA